AUGCUGAAUGUUCAGGGCAGGACGACACCUAUGAGGAAAAGAGGGCAGGUUCUUGCUCUUGCUUCUCUGACUGGGGCAAGGAGGAUGACCUUGACGGAAAUAUCUUUAAAUUCUCAGGUUAAACGGUCAACCUGCAGUAAUAUCAUUAGUGAGGCCAAAAGAAGGUCAAGGGAAAAUGGAAUUCAAGAUCUAUGUGCGGAUGAGAACAUUGCCCCAAAGCCGAAUGCAGAGAGAGGUUGUAAUGCUGUAGUAUCAGCAGAGGAAAAACAAGCCUUAAUCGCCCUUACAUUGUCAGACUAUACACAUUGCCGUAUGACAUAUGCUGGAUUGGCAAUGGAGGCGGGACUUGAUAUUAGUCCACAGACGGUCCGGAAGAUCCUAGCAGAAGAUGAUGAAACUUAUUUUGAGACUGGGAGUUUGAGAAUGAGGAGAGCCAAAGGGGUGCUUCGUCGCGCUGGUGAAGCAUAUAUUCCUCGUAACAUCAAUCGCAAAUUCGGAACUGGAUCUACUAUAAUGUUUUGGGGUGCAAUUCUAUAUGAUCAAAGUGGUGCACAGUUACCAUAUCAUAUAUUCAAAACACCCUACGAGACAGCGAGAGAGAGAGCAGAGGCAGAUGUUCAGCUACAGCAGGAGUAUGAGCAGGAGUUGGCAGAAGAGGCAUUUCAUUUGGCCAAUGGGGACUGGGUAAAUAGAGCACCGGAGUUCAAAGUACGUAAGAAAGAUAGGAAAGAUGGCAUAGAUUGGUUUCUAUACUGUGAAAGAAUUCUCAACCCAGAACUCUACCCUUUUGUUUUGCAGAAGAUGGCUAUACGAGAUGGGGUUUUGUUGAUGGAAGAUAACGCGCCAGCACAUAUCCAUCAUUAUCAUGAUUACCUCCGUGUACAGUUAGGUAUCAACAAACUCUUCUGGCCUGCCAGUUCACCGGAUUUGAACCCUAUUGAAAGAAUAUCGAUGGAGAUAAAGGAUAAGAUUAAGACCCAAAUUGGGGUAGAGUUCGCUGCCCCUGCUAUCCGCCGUCUUGUUUUGAGUGAAUGGCAGAACUACCCUGUAGAUAGAGUCAAUCAUCAUGUACUGUCAAUGUCACGAAGGAUAGAAGCCUGUAUUGCGGAUGGAGGUGGAAACAAUUUCAAUUUCUAG